AUGGAUGAAUGUUAUCCCGAGCUCUCGUCCUUGAGGGGCCAGCGUAUCAUUGUGACCGGUGGUGCUCGGGGGAUUGGUGGUGCAGCAGUCCGGUUUCUUGCUCAGCAGGGUGCUCAAGUGGCGAUUUUCGAUAUCAACGAUGACCUUGGAGAGGCUCUUGCUGCAAGCCUAUCCAAUAGUUUCUCGGCUGAAAUUUUCUACUCCCACGUCGAUGUCGCCAGCAAAGCUGAGGUCGCUAAUGCUGUCCCGAUGGCCAUAGCGAGACUUGGUGGGCUCGAGGGAUUGAUCAAUGUCGCGGGGAUUGAGCGGCAGGCACCAAUUGAGAACAUAGCCGAGGAUGAUUUUGACAUGGUGUUGCGUGUGAAUCUGAAGGGCACGUUUUUAAUGAGCCAGGCGGUCUUCCCGUUCUUGAAAGACCAUGGUGGUAGUAUUAUCAACGUGGGAUCCGACCUGGGGCUCGAUCCCCCACCCCUCAGCGCACAUUAUGCGACAUCCAAGGGUGCUGUGCACAGCCUGACACGAGCAGCAGCUCUUGAAUGGGCAAAGUAUAAUAUCCGGGUGAACGCAAUCCUCCCAGCAAUGUGGACAGAAGCAUAUGAUGAAUUCAGGAGUCGACAGUCUAGCGAGGAAUUAAAGGUCCAUGAUCAGUUCAUGGCGGGAAGGAUCCAUUUGGGAGGCCGAUUAGGCGACCCAAAUAAGGACUUGGCCCCGGUCAUCGGCUUCCUCAUGUCUGACUCCUCGCGGUUUAUUACCAGCCAGCUGAUCCCCGUCAAUGGUGGCCUGGGUAGCACUCGUUGA